UUCUUAAUUGACAUGUAGAAAUAAUUAUUCCUUUAUUGCUUAAUGGCACAGUUGGACUUCCAUAGACUCUCUUUCUUUCACUGUUGAGAAUUGAAGGCGCUGUCCAGCUCGCUGGUGGUGCUGAAAGUUUCUGCUCUGUGCCCACGACCGACUUAACCAAACAAUUAAGAGAUAUUUCCGUUUUUUUAUGACAUCCACAAGAAAUAUCCUUUAAUUGUAAGAUUAUGCCCAUCGAGAAAGUCCGACUUCUCCCUCUUCUUAGCCGGUUUGUACACGCAGAGGUACAUUUGGGGAUAAGUGGUGCCCAGAUGCGGAUUUACAAGCAAAAGUAACGCACAAAACAAAGCGAUCCCACGAUUAAAGACAAAGUGUGGCGCGCAUUUUAAGGAAUCCAUUUCGCGGACAUAGUUGUGUUCCCUUUUGCUUAAUGAUACCCCGGUAAGUCCGGCAGCCUGCUCCCCGGUACACUCCGUCGUCUUUUAGCUUGUGUCACGUCUCGCCUCUCAUCAGUCAGCUACCGCCGAGGACGGAUCGCGGCAUGGAAAUCCGUUUUUCUUUUUCCCCCCUCUCCCCAUGACACACCAGCUGCGCUCCGCCGUUCCGCUUCGAUCCUUCACGUCUCAGCCGAGGGGAGAAAAAAAGCGCACACUUCUCUCUCAAAAGUGAACUGUUUCUUCCACUUUUCACCUCUUUUGCAACAUCUUUGUCGGAUUUGGGCUCUCCAGUGAGAAAUUCUCGCCUGUUUUUUUUUUUUUUUUUUUUUUUUCCCCCUCCGCCUGUCACAACCCCCGGCUUUUUUUUUUUUUUUUUUUUUUUUUUUUUUUUUUUACUAUUAUUAUCAUCGGCUCUCUUCGCGUCUUUCUCCGGCGAGUCCAAAUCAUUUCUCCCCGGCUCGUCAGGACGGCGGCAGAGUCGUGAAGUCUCCGCAAUCACGUGAUUGAGACAGAAUUGAAGAGCGUCUUUUUUUUCUUUCUUCUCUAUCUCCCCUCUCUCCUUGGUGUGUGUGUAUGUGAACCUCUAUCCGUGUGUAGUUAGAGGGGUGUCCCUCCUCCGUGUUUUUUCUCUUUUUUUUUUUUUUUCUCAGCUGCUUGCCAUGCUUUAGACGCCGGAGCGCCGGGAGAGAGAAGCGGGAGUGAGAGAGAGGUGCGCCGGGUCUCUCCCUCGCCGGGCUGUACCUGUCUCCUCAGACCUAUAUCGGGUCCCUAUCGGUUCCUCCUCGUCCUUUAUGCCCACCUUCAUGCGGUUGACCUGAUUGUGUUGGCUUAGAAAGAAAGGAGAAAAAAACUUAGAAGGAAAGCAUUUUUUUCUUUCUUCUUCUUCUUCUUCUUCUUUUAUUUAUUUCUUUUAUUAGAUUUUUUUUUUUAGAUUUUCACCUGUCUGUUCAGAAGGGAAAAGGACCACCGUGGUUUUUUUUUUGAUAUCUACUGAUUGUAUUUUUCUUCUCCGGGGGUGUCGCUCCGUUUUGGACAGUGCAGGACAGUCGAGUUGAAAGCUUGGAUGAGACGCCUCGCUGAAAUACCGAGAUGGAGUUGCUGCUGAUCUGCUUUUCCUUUUGGAUAUUGCACUGCAAUCCAGCCAAUGCGGACUCAAUCAUUCAUAUCGGUGCCAUAUUCGAGGAAAAUGCUGUCAAAGACGAUGAGAUUUUCCAACUCGCCAUCUCAGACCUGAGUUUAAAUGAUGACAUCCUGCAGAGUGAGAAAAUCACCCACUCUGUGAAACUUAUCGAGCCUAACAACCCAUUCCAGGCUGUGCAGGAAGCAUGUGAAUUAAUGAACCAGGGGAUCCUUGCGCUGGUUACGUCUACGGGUUGUGCCGCUGCGAGCGCCCUCCAGUCUCUAACAGAUGCGAUGCACAUCCCUCACCUCUUCAUCCAAAGAAACGGGGACGGUGGACCCCGCACCGCCUGCCAGCUCAACCCCAGCCCGGACGGAGAGAGCUACACGCUGGCCGCCCGUCCGCCCGUUCGCAUCAACGACGUCCUGCUUACCCUCGUCUCAGAGUUUCACUGGCAAAAGUUUAUCAUCUUUUACGAGAGCGACUACGAUAUCCGAGGACUGCAAACCUUCAUGGACCAAGCGUCUCGGCUCGGCCUGGAUGUGUCCCUGCAGAGGGUGGACCGCAACAUCAGCCGAGUGUUUACCGAUCUCUUCAACACGAUGCGCACGGAGGAGCUGAACCGGUACCGGGACACUCUGCGACGGGCCGUGCUGCUCAUGAGCCCUCGAGGAGCUCAGGUCUUCAUUCACCAGGCGGUUGAAACCAACCUUGCAUCGAAGGACAGUCACUGGGUCUACGCCAAUGAGGAAGUGAGCGAUGCGGAUAUAAUGGAGUUGAUUCACAGCUCGCUGGGGCGGAUGACAAUCAUCCGUCAGGUUUUCCCACUGUGGAGGGACACCAAUGUUCGAUGCAUGAGGAACAAUCAUCGCAUUUCAUCCCUGCUGUGCGAUCCGCAGGAAGGCUACCUGCAGUCACUGGAGGUGUCCAAUCUCUACCUGUAUGAUAGUGUUUUGAUGCUGGCGAAUGCCUUCUAUAGGAAACUGGAGGACAGGAAGUGGCACAGUAUGGCCAGUCUAAACUGCAUGAGGAAGUCCACAAAACCGUGGAACGGAGGAUGGUCUAUGCUGGACACCAUUCAAAAGGGACGGAUCAGCGGCCUGACCGGAUUGAUGGACUUCCGUGCCGAAGGCUCCAAUUCCCACGUACAGUUUGAGAUCCUUGGGACCAGCUACAGUGAGACAUUUGUGAAAGAUGUGAAACGGCUGGCAUCGUGGGACUCCACUCGCGGCCUGAACGGAAGCCUCAAGGAGAACCGGAUAGAGAGCGGCAUGCAGGGAGUGACGCUCAAGAUUGUGACGUUACUGGAGGAACCUUUUGUGAUGGUGGCAGAAAACAUUCUGGGUCAACCCAAACGAUACAAAGGCUUUUCCAUCGAUGUCCUGGACGGCCUCGCCAAGAUCCUGGGCUUCAAGUACGAUAUUUACCAAGUCGGCGAUGGGAAGUACGGCUCGGCUCUCCCCAAUGGGUCCUGGAAUGGCAUGAUUGGAGAACUCAUUGGCAAGCGAGCUGACUUGGCCGUAUCUGCCAUCACCAUCACACCGGAGCGCGAGAGUGUGGUGGACUUCAGCAAGCGCUACCUGGACUAUUCCGUGGGAAUCCUGAUGCGCAAGUCCGAGGAAAAGAUCAACAUUUUCUCUCUGCUUGCCCCAUUCGACCUGGCCGUGUGGGCAUGCAUCGCAGCGGCCAUACCUGUAGUGGGCAUCAUGAUCUUCCUGCUGCGACGUAUCCAAGCAGUCAGAUGUCACAGCAACACGGGCCAUCCGCCACCUCCCACCUCCACCUCACUUCAGAGCGCCAUCUGGAUCGUCUAUGGGGCCUUCGUGCAGCAAGGCAGCGACUCAAUUCUGGGCUCAGUGGCUCUGCGUAUCGUCAUGGGCAGCUGGUGGCUUUUCACCCUCAUCGUGUGUUCGUCCUACACAGCGAACCUGGCCGCCUACCUCACUGUGUCACGCAUGGACAAUGCAGUCAGGUCGUUCCAGGACCUUUCCAAACAAGCGGACCUUGCCUAUGGGACAGUGCGAGACUCAGCUGUGUACGAAUAUUUCCAUGCUAAAGGCACCAACCCUUUGGAGCAGGACAGCACGUUUGCUGAGCUCUGGAAGGUCGUCAACAAGAACAAUGGCUUUGAUAACUCUGUUUCAAGUCCAUCAGAGGGCAUCAGAAAGGCAAAGCGGGAGUCGUACGCCUUCCUGUGGGACAUGGCGGUGGUGGAGUACGCUGCUCUGACAGAUGACGACUGCACUCUGACUAUAGCAGGAAACAGCAUGAGCACCAGAGGCUACGGCAUGGCCCUGCAACACGGCAGUCCGUACAGAGACCUCUUCUCUCAGAAGAUUUUGGAGCUGCAGGAAAAAGGCGAUCUAGACAUCCUGAAACAAAAAUGGUGGCCAAAGAAAGGCCGCUGUGACCUGCAGAGCCACGCAGACGCACAGCCAGAAGGACGAGCGCUGCGUCUGCACAGCUUUGCCGGCGUAUUUUGUAUCUUAGCCGCCGGGCUUCUGCUCGCCCUGCUGGUGGCGGCGCUGGAAACCUUGUGGAACAGCAACCACUGCCGGAGAGAGCAGCCCAAAGAGGACAAAGAGGUGAACCUGGAACAGGUCCACCAGCGUUUGAACAGCCUCCUGGACGAGGAUCUCGCCCACAAGCAGCUGCCAGGUCAGUCAAUCGAGAUCUCCGCCCUUGACAUCGGCAGCAUCCAGCCCAGUCAAUCUCUGGAGGCCUUGUCUGUUCGAGACUACCCAUCACACCGCGGGCCCCCGCCUCUGUCCGUGACCACCUUCCUGCGGGAGAGCCACGGGGCAGGAAGGACACUGGGAGCAGCCGCUGGCAGGACCUUGCCCCUGCCGCUUAGCAGUGCCACGAUGCCCUCCAUCCGGUGCAAACACAGAGCACCCAACGGGGGUCUCUUCCGGCAGAGCCCAGUCAAGACACCCAUGCCAUUGUCCUACCAACCAGUGCCAGGAGGACCCAUCCCAGAAGCCAGAGAGCCCAGCCACGGGACGUCUAUUUGAGCAUGAUGAUCGCUCACAAACACUCGAGCUCAAACAGAAGAGUCCAGAGCUAACUGGAGUGCCUACAGUACGAGGAGAUAUAAAUAAACACUGCAAAGGAUUUUUAUUACAAGUUGAGACGAACACACGACAGGACUCUAAAGACUUUACUGUAGAUAUUUGUAAGUACAAAUAAAAAGCAACAUUAAAAAGUGUAUUUUGAAUAUUCUUCACAGUUGAGUUUAAAAAAAAAAAAAAACUAAAAGAUUGGGGGUGGGGGGGGGAAAAAACGACUGUUCGAAUGGCUUUGUAAAUUUUGUUCUCAAUGAAUAAAGGUGACAAUUCUUUGUGGUUGUUUUCUAAGUGCCAAGUUUAAAGAUGUUUUCUUUCAGAUCAACAUUAACUGAUUGUACUGUGAGAAUACAUGGGGGG